CAGAGGCUGAGACCUAUAGAGGUAGGGUUUUAGGAUAUGGCUCUGUUCUCCUUCUGUCCUUCCCCUGUAUCAUCACUUACAAUCCGCCAGCCAUACUCGAUUCCUAAAAUCUCGAUUGCGGAAACACUCUCCUCGAUAACAAUCGUACAUAAUACCUUGGGCGUUUCGGUUUAUGCUCAUGUGACUCGUUGCUCAGCUCUUCAGAGCUUCCGCUGUUGCACGAACUCUGAUUCUUCAGUCGAGGGCGAAAAAUCUCAUUCAACAAGAAUCUUCAUCAAAGGACUCUCACCAUCAACAUCUGAAGGAUUCUUGAGCAGGACUUUUUCACAGUUUGGGAAAGUUAGCAAAGGUUCAUUCUCUACUCAUCUUGUCAAUAAUGUCACAUUGUCAUUUGUAGCGUGCUAGCAUGAAAGCUUCUUGUUGUUGGUUC